UCCUGGGAGAGGGGAGAGAGGGGCUCGUUUUCUGAGGGGAGAAACGGGAGGAGGAGGAGGCCGACAUGGCUAACUCUGUCAUAGAGGGUGCCCUGACCCUCAGGAAGCCCUCCAUAAAUGCCGUCAAGUGAUGCGACGGGGCUCCGGGGCAACGCUGGCUAAUCGGCCCCGACUGGUCCCCCGGUAAACUCCCGCAACGCCCCACCGAGGGACGACCGGCCUCCUCGUUGGCCGUCGGGGGGACGGUUGGUCUGCCGCGGCCCGUUCGGGGGCCGUCGGCCGGGUCUCCCCUCCUUCCGGAGGGACCACGGCAAGAGCGUCGAGGGAAGGGUGAUAAACGUUGGCGGAGGGAAGGGAGACGACCCGUCAGGCGGCGGUGAUCGGGAGAGUUUUUGAGAGAGCAAAGUGAGAGGGUGUGAUCAGCGAGGGUCGGAGGCCUACGGUGCGCACGGCGUGAAACACCGGGCGGGGGGAGUGCGGAAGAAGAGAAGGACACGGUCUCCCUACCGGCAAGGAACGUACAAGCUGAGAAAGGAGAUCGCCGGACCUAAAAUUGGGUACAAGUAGUGGAAACGGGGGGACGAACGAGGACCUAACCGGUUGCCGCCAACGGUCUUCGCCAGCGGCCGAAGGGAGCACCGUUGCGAUCCCCAGCAUUCAGAUCAGGGGGGAGAAGAUGCCCGCGCCGCCUCCCUGAAUCUCCUGACUCCCGGGCCCCAUGGAGGACCCCCCUGCCGUGUUCGGCUGCCCCGACUGUCAGCGCCACUUCCCCAGCCAGCCGGAGCUGGCCCGCCACCGAGAGCUGCUCCAUCGCCCGGCCCCGGCCGGGGGCGGAGACGCGCCCGACGAGAUCCCCCGGCCGUACCGCUGCGGGCAGUGCGGCCGGGGCUACCGCCACGCGGGGAGCCUGGUGAAUCACCGCCGGACCCACGAGACGGGCCGCUUCCCCUGUACCACGUGUAACAAGGACUUCUCCAACCCCAUGGCCCUCAAGAGCCACCUGAGGACGCACGCCCCCGAGGGCCGGCGGCGCCGAAGGCCCCCCCGCCACAGAAAGGCCCCGCCGUGCGGGCGGAGCCCAACGGGGCCGGACCGCUGGGGCGGGACGUCCGGUCCCCGGGAAGGCUGGGAGAACCACACCGGCCCCGGAGGAGCAACCUCCUCAGCAACCUGGCUGGCCCAGCCCUCCCCGGCGGCGGCCGCCGAGCGGCGUUACAAGUGCGGCCAGUGCGGCAAGGCCUACAAGCACGCCGGGAGCCUGACCAACCACCGACAGAGCCACGCCCUGGGGGUCUACCCUUGCGCCGUGUGCUUCAAGGAGUUCUCCAACCUCAUGGCCCUGAAGAACCACUCCCGACUGCACGCCCAGUACCGGCCGUACCGGUGCCCGCGGUGCCCCCGGGCCUUCCGGCUACCCAGCGAGCUGCUGGGGCACCAGCAUGCCCACGAAGGGGAAGGGGCGCCUUGGGAGGCGGGCGAGGCGACGGCCAACGGCCACGUCGGGGAAGACGGCCCGGAGGAGGGGGGCCCCGAUCCGGGCCGGGUGCUCAACGCGGCCGGGGAGCACGCCGCCAACGCCGCCGCCGCCGAGCUCCCGGAGGGCAGGCCGGAGGACCGGCGGCCCUUCCGCUGUGCCGACUGCGGCCGCACCUACCGCCACGCCGGGAGCCUCAUCAACCACCGCAAGAGCCACCAGACGGGCGUCUACCCCUGCCCGGCCUGCCCCAAGCAGCUGUUCAACGCGGCCGCCCUCAAGAACCACCUGAGAGCCCACCUUAAAGCCCGACGCGGGGCCGGGGGCGAAGAGCAGCCCCCUCCGCCGCCGCCGCCGCCGCCGCCGCCCCCCGAAGUCGCCUCUGAGGAGGAAGAAGCCCCCGGCACCCCGACCUCAGCCGCGGACCACCGCCCCUACAAGUGCCACGAGUGCGGGCGGGCUUACCGCCACCGGGGCAGUCUCGUGAACCACCGUCACAGCCACCGGACCGGAGAGUAUCAGUGCUCGCUCUGCCCCCGCCAGUACCCGAACCUCAUGGCCCUGCGCAAUCACGUCAGGGUUCACUUCAAGGCAGCCCGGCACGGCGGGAGCCGGGGACGGGAGAGGCCCGAGGGAGGAGGGGGAGUCCCUGCGGGCCCCGAGCCGGGGGAGCCGCCCCCCGGGGAGGAGCUGCCGCCGAUCGAGAGCGCAGAGGAGACCGCCCUUGCCGGGGGAGCCCGAGGCGGCCGGCCGGAGGCGGGCCUGACGGUGGCCCACAUCUGCGGCCGCUGCGGGCUGCUCUUUGAGAGCCUGGAGGGCCUGGACCGCCAUUCCCGGACUCACGGAGAGCAGGAAAGGAACGGCACGGAGAGAGCGGCGCCGCCCUCCCGGGUCUACACCUGUCGGGACUGCGGGAAGACGUACCGCCACUCCGGCAGCCUCAUCAAUCACCGGCAGACCCACCAGACGGGCGAUUUUAGCUGCGGGGCCUGUGCCAAGCGUUUCCACACCAUGGCGGCCAUGAAGAACCACCUGCGGCGCCACGGCCGGCGGCGGGUCAGGCGGCUCCGGCGGCGGGCGGCCGGGGGCGGCUGCGGCGGCGGGCCGGCGGCCGGGGGAACCGAGCCGCGAGGGGAGGAGGAGGAGGACCGAGGCGGGAAUCGGGUGAAGAAAGAGGAGGAGGAGGAGGAGGAGGAAGCGAGGGGCCCUGGCUCGGCUGGAGAAGACGGGACGCCGGCCGGAGCCGGUGAGGGCGAGGAAAAGCUAGAGAGGGAGGAGGGCCGUCUCCCGGAGGACACAGAGAAAAGUCCGGGCCGACGCGGGAAGAGCGAGGCCCCCUUCCACGGCGGCCCGGGCGCCGCGGAAGACGAGAGCGAUGGCAACCGGGCGGCGGGAGAGGCGGGGCCCGGCCAAGAGAGAGCGAGCGCUGGGACCCUCUGGAGCCCCGAGGCCCUCAACGGCUGGCGGGAGACGGGGCCCCACACGUGCCACGAGUGCGGGCGCUCGUUCCGCCACGCCGCCGGCCUCCUGAGCCACCGGCCCUGCCACCCGGUGGGCAUCUACCAGUGCUCGCUGUGCCCCAAAGAGUACGACUCGCUCUCGGCCUUGCGCAACCACUUCCAGGGCCACGGGCCAGGCGAGGCCUCCCCGGGGCAGCCUUUCCUCUGCUGCCUCUGCGGCAUGAUCUUCCCCGAGCGGGUGGGCUACCGGCGCCACCGGCGAGAGGCCCACGACUCCCCGGCGGGGAGCCGGGCCUCCUCGGAAGAGGAGGAGGAGGAGGAGGAAGAAGGGGAAGAGGCGGGAGCGGCGGCGGCGGAGGCCGGAGAGGCGGAGGCGGCCGCUCACCCGACUCCCCUGCGGGUCUCUGAGGUGGAGCUCCUGAAUCAGCUGCAGAGGGAGGUGGAGGGGCUGGACGGGGCUGGCUACGGGCACAUCUGCGGCUGCUGCGGCCAGACCUACGAUGAUCUCGGGAGUCUGGAACGCCACCACCGGAGUCUGGGGGAGGUUUCUGAGGGGGCGGCCCCGGCGGCGGCGCCGCGGAGGGGGCCGGAGGCGGCGGCAGCGCGGAGGGGGCCGGAGGCGGCGGCGUCUCCGCCGGGGGCGCGGACGGAAUCCCCGGGGGGGCCCCGGGCGGAUCGACCGCUGCCGGGAACGCGGAGGGGGCCCCCGGGGCCCCGCCCCCCCGGCCAGCCUCGCCCCUUCCGCUGCGGCCAGUGUGGCAAGACCUACCGCCACGGCGGAAGCCUGGUGAACCACCGCAAGACCCACCAGACGGGAGACUUCGCCUGCCCCGUCUGCGCCCGCCGGUACCCUAAUAUGGCCGCCUACCGCAAUCACCUGCGCAACCACCCCCGCUGCAAAGGAGCCGAGCGGCCCCCGGGAGCCGCCCCCCCGCUGGGCGACCGGGAGCCCCGGAAGGCCGAGGAGGAGGGGCAGCGGGAAGGGCUCAAGGAGGAACCCGGGGAGAAGGAGAGGGUGCCGCCGGAAGGGCCCGGCGCGGAGGAGCGGGAGGCCCCGAGGGAGGCCGGCCUGGAGCGCCCCUUCGGCUGCGAGCUCUGCGGCCGGACCUACAAGCACGCCGGCAGCCUCAUCAACCACCGGCAGAGCCACCAGACGGGCCAUUUCGGGUGCCAGGCCUGCCCCAAGGGCUUCUCGAACCUCAUGGCCCUCAAGAACCACCGCCGCAUCCACGCCGAGCCCCGCCGCUUCCGCUGCGCCGAGUGCGGCAAAGCCUUCCGCCUGCGCAAGCAGCUGGCCAGCCAUCAGCGCGUCCACGGGGAGCGGCGGGGCGCCGCGGGCUGUGGGGCGGCCCGGAGGCCGCCGCCCCCGCCGCCCCUUCCCCGAGAAGAGCGGCCUUUCCGGUGCGGGCAGUGCGGGAGGACUUACCGGCACGCCGGGAGUCUCCUGAACCACCGGCGGAGCCACGAGACCGGCCAGUACAGCUGCCCGGCCUGCCCCAAAACCUAUUCCAACCGCAUGGCCCUGAAGAACCACCAGCGGCUGCACUCGGAGAGCCGGCGGCGGCGGCGGGCGGGACGGGCCAGGCGGGGCGGGGGCCUGCGGGCAGCCGUGCGCUGCGCCCUCUGCGGGAAGGGCUUCCCUGGCCGGGGCUCUCUGGAACGGCACCUGCGGGAACACGAGGAGAGGAGCAAGGAGGAGCGCAAGGAGGAGCCGGCCGCGGGCCGGGGUCCGGGCCAGCCGGACGGCGGGGACCGGGAGGGACCGGCGGACCGGGGCUCGGGAGGCGGAGCGGAGCCGGGCUGCGACCGAGGCAAAGAGGCGGGCGGCGGGCCGCCGACCCGGGACCCCGAGAGGGCCGGCGGCCGGCGCGGGGAUGGGAUGCCGGGGGCGGCCGGCCAGGAACCCGGCUCCGGCGAUCGGGAGCCCGGGGGACCGGGGGACCGCGGACGGAGCGGUCCAGGCGACCCGAAGAACGGCCCGGCCCAAAGGAGCUCGGACGCGGCGCGGGUCCCGGGCCCCGGCUCCCAACCGGCACCGGAGCCUCGCCCCUUCUGCUGCAGCCAGUGCGGCAAGACCUACCGUCACGCCGGCAGCCUCCUGAACCACCGCAACACCCACAAGACCGGCUGCUACCGCUGCCCCCUCUGCCCCAAGCAGUUCUCCAACCCCAUGGCCGCCAAGAACCACGGCCGCAUCCACACGGCGACCCGCCGCUUCGCCUGCCCCGACUGCGGCAAAGCCUUCCGCGCCUCCCGGGAGCUGGCCAGCCACCGGCGAGCCCACGGGCAGGGGCAGGAGGGGCCGGCCCUGGCCCUGGCCGUGGCCCUGGCCCUGCCAAGGACCGAGCACCCCGGCGGGCGCGGCGCCGAGGCGGCCGGGGACGCCCCCCGGGAUCGGGCCGGUCCGGCGGAGCGAGCCGGAGCCGGGGAGAGGCCGGGGGCCCGGAGCGGCCCGGGAGGGGAGGCCGGCGAAGAGCGGCCCUUCCGCUGUGCCCAGUGCGGGCGCUCCUACCGCCACGCCGGCAGCCUCCUGAACCACCAGAAGGCCCACGCCACGGGCCUCUACCCCUGCCCUCUCUGCCCCAAGCUCCUGCCCAACCUCCUGGCCCUCAAGAACCACGGGCGAACCCACACGGACCCCAAGCGCCAUCGCUGCGGCGUCUGCGGCAAGGCCUUCCGGACGGCGGCCAGACUGGAGGGUCACGGCCGGGUCCACGCGCCCCGAGAGGGGCCCUUCCCCUGCCCGCACUGUCCCCGCCGCUUCCGCCGCCGCCUCAGCUUCCUUCAGCACCAGCAGCAGCUGCACCCGGAGCGGCGGACGGUGGCCAGCACUGGUACGGGAGUGCAAGAGAUCCACCAUCACUGGCAGCAGGAGUUCAGGACCUCUCAUCUCCCCUCCACGUGCCCCCGUGAGCCCGGACCUCUCAUCCCAGUGGCCUCCAGACUGCAGCUUCGCUCUGCGGACUCUUUCUCCCAGAGAGCGGGACAUCUGGGUUUUUGUUUCCGCUUUUAAUUUCCCUAUGAAAGCUCAGGGGGGGAUGACUUCAAUAUCCCUUUCCUCUCCCCACUCCAAUCCUGAGGGAAAAGGACCUAGAAAAUCUGGACCUCUGGGAUGGAUGCAGGAGAAAGAACGGGAGUCCUCCCCACGCAUCUUCCCAGGGAAAGGAAGUCGGGAUCGGGGGAGAUCCUCACCGUGGAGGAAUUCUGAGCGCUUAGCGUUUGUCCACAGACACUUUCCUUCAUUAUGGGAUGUGUAGAACUCACAGGAAGGGUUAGGGUAAUGCCGAAUUCCCCACCACCACCACCCCCGGCUUUCGGCCCCCACUCUUCUCACUCUUCCCUCCCCCGACAAUUGUGUCAACACAAGGAAUCCGGGAAUCUUGUGUCAACACAAGGAAUCCUGGAUCCCGGCUCUCCUCCUUACGGGUCUGAGGACGAGCACCACUGGAUUUCAUUCGGUAAAGGGGAAAGGAGGGCCGGGAGGCGCCCGGAAGGAGGGAAGGGAAAGGCGAUCUCUCCCGCGGAGGGGAAACCUUUUGCUACGAUUUAUAACUUAUUUUCUAAAAUCUAUUUUGUAAGGUUUUAUUUAAGUUUUAAAAAAAAGAAAAACUUG